ACGUAGCGAAUACUAAAAUUUGCGACCAUGUAGUAAGAAAAAAAAAUAUAAAAAAUGGCCUCUAUGUAGUGAAUAUUAAAGAAAUAAUAACGUCUUUGCUACCUUUAAUAGCUACUUUGUCGACAUAGUAAUUUUCAUGACAUCACGGAACGUCGCAAUGAACAUAAUAACUUUGUCAUUCGGUACGUCGCUGUUUAAGUUCCAAAAACCAAAUUCUUACUUAAUUUUGGAAACACUGCCACCCAACUUUUAAUAAAAAAAAACUUUAUCGUUCCAAAAACCUUUUGAAUCAACUACAAAGUACCCAUUACUUAAGCAUAAGCUACUUUGAAGUUCCAAAGCAGUUUUGGCUACGACGAAGUUUUUUUUUCACAAAAAUUCGUCUGUAUUUGUUUACACGAAACAUCAAAACAUCAGUUCGUGUUAACAUUUUGUUUUGUAGGUACUUAAAAAUGAAACGCAGUCGAAAAAUUUAUUACAGACUAACAACCAAUUAUUAUCGAAAAGUUAAAAAAAAAAUUGAAAUUUAUGAUUCUGCAACUAAUAAUAUUGAAUAUUUAAAAAAUAGAAACACAAUUUUUGAAAAGGAAAAUCCUACAUCUAGUUCCUUGGAAAACGAUAUAAAUUCAAAUACAUGUGUUAAUAGUGAAAUUAACAAGAAUAUUUUGUAUAAAAACUCUGCAGAUGACAAUGUUUUUUUAAUUAACAAUUAUUCUUCAGAGGAAAGUGAUAAAGAAAUACAAAAUUCGUUUGAUGAUUCUAAUUUGUGUUUAAGUGAAGAUUUACGAAAGUGGGCUAUUGAAAAUAAUAUUGCACACAGUUCAAUCAACAAACUAUUGGUCAUCUUAAAUCGACACAAAGAACGUUUACCAUUUGAUAGCAGAACAUUACUUUGUACUCCUAACAUUAUUAAUGUUGUGCCUAUGGGAGAAGGAUGUUACUGGUACUAUGGCAUUAUUAACAACUUAAAAAAUUUAUGUAAAAAUAAAAGGAUUCCUGAUUUCAUAAGUUUGAUAUUCAACGUAGAUGGCUUACCACCAUUCAGGAGCUCCAACAUUGAAUUUUGGCCCAUACUAUUUAAAAUAAGCGAAAUAGAAGAUAUUGAUCCCAUGGUUGCAGCAGUGUAUUGUGGAAAAAAAAAACCUCCUCUUGAACCAUAUUUUAAAUGCCUAAUUGAUGAACUUAAAAUCCUUUUAAAAGAUGGAUUUAAAAACAAUAAUACUACGACACAAAUAAAAAUAAAAUUUUUUGUAUGUGAUACACCAGCACGAAGUUUUAUUAAAGGUACGGUGAAUUUUAAUUCAGCUUUUGGAUGCAUCAAGUGCUCAACUGUUGGAAAAUAUGACAGGAAUGGAAGACACAUGAGCUUCCCUAGAAUAAAUUGUGCUCUUAGAACUGAUUCAAAUUUUCGUUUAAUGACUGACAUAGAUCAUCACAAAGAAAUUUCACCUUUAACAAACCUACCCAUUGAUAUGGUGGAAGAUAUAAUUGUAGCUGAUUCUUUACAUCUUUUUGACUUAGGUAUAAUGAGGAAAUGUUUGUAUGGCUGGGUUAAUGGUAAUUACAAUUUUCGAACUAAAUUUUCUGGAAAAGAUAUUGAAGAAAUAUCAAAUUUGCUUGAAAAAUUUAAUUUUUAUAAGCCAAAAGAAAUCUGUCGAGCAAUUCGCAGACUAAAUUGUUUGAAAAUGUGGAAAGGCACUGAAUUUCGAACAUUUCUGCUCUACAUUGGGCCAGUAAUUUUAAAACAAUUUCUUUCGCCUGAAGUGUAUCAGCAUUUUUUAAUUUUUGUGUGUGCAGUGAGGAUAGUUUCAUCUAAAGAACAUAUUAAAUUUAAGAAAGUAGCACAAAAACUUUUUGCAGAUUACAUUGAAACGUUUAUUCACAUAUAUGGAGAAGAUAGUAUUAGUAUGAAUGUUCACAAUUUGUGCCAUGUUGUCGCUGAUGUUAACAAAUUUGGUACAAUACCUUCUUUAAGUUCGUAUGAUUUUGAAAAUUUUUUAGGAAGAAUUAAAAAUCUUUUGAGAUCAGGAAAUAAACCGCUAGAACAGAUCGCUAAACGAUUAAUAGAAAUAUCAAGAAUUAAUGGAAAAGAAAAAAUUCAUCAAGAUAAUUACGAAAUAGUUCCAGAAAAAGAAAUAAAGAAUACGCAGCAUCCGUUACUGCAAUGUUGUAAAGUCUUUAACAGAAUAAACUACAAAAAUAAGUUUAUUUUAUCAAACGAAUUUAAAGACAAAUGGUUUCUUACCAAAUCUAAUAAAAUUAUUUGUAUGAUAAAUGCGACCUUCGUUAAUAAUGAAAUACACAUUUACGGUUGUCCUAUAAAAAAUUUGCAUGAUUUUUUUCUAUUACCAAUCAAAUCUUCAUAUUUAGAUAUCUUCAUAUCUAUGGGCCAGCAAGAAGCACCACAACUUUUUAACGCAGAAAACGACGUGAAAUCAAAAUUGUUUUGUUUAGAAUAUCAAAAUCAAUUUAUUUAUUUACCAUUAUUGCACAGUUAUAAAUAAAGAAAAAAUA